AUGACCGCGUCCAAGGCUUCUCGCAGCAUUGGCAAACACGCCUGCCAGGCUUGUCGCAGGAGAAAGACGCGAUGCUACACCGACACGCUCAAAGAGAGCGGCAAGUGUCGGCGUUGUCAAGCACAGGUAAUUGAUUGCGAAUGGAAAGAAAUCUCAAAGACCCGAAACCGCACCCGCACUGGCUCGCGCAUCACGGAUCUAGAGGAAAAGAUUGUAUCGCUCACGGCGGCCAUGAACAAUCUCGAUAAGAACACUGUCCUUGAUGGUUCUGUUGGGGACUCUGCCGAUGGUUCUCACUCUCCAAAUAGUCUCCAUCAAUAUGAAAGCACAUUGGACUCUGGGUCGACCGAGAAUACUGGGCUCGUAACCUCGGACACAAAUGUCUUGCCCCUCGUCAACUCGUCUGGGCUUCCACUCCGGCGAUUAGUCAACGUCUCACACGGUAAAGGCCAUAGCUCAUCAGAAAGCGGCUCUAGGACGUUGAACCUUACAUCGGCCAGCAAGACGAAACUUAUUCGCUGUUUCUGCAAUACGCUACUUCCGCAGUACCCGGUGGUUCGCUCAGUGGCCGACAUGCCAUUCGAGUCAUUAGAGGAAUAUCGGCCGCAUUCAACCCGCGCAAUGAUUACAGCAGCCUGCAGCGUGUUGGAGCCACAGCUAUUCAAAGAUAUGCAUCUGCAAAAUACGAAAAGCCUGGCUCAUGUAGUCUACGUGCAGGGCCAUAAAAGCCUUGACCUGCUUCAGGCACUUCUCAUAACCGCAGUAUGGGGACAUCCCCCAACUGACUUAGAGAACCUGAACAUAUCGCAGUGGUCUCAUGCCGCAUGUACGAUGGCGAUGGAUCUCGGAUUUGGUGGCAGGACAUCAUGGCAGGCACAGAACCAAGACAUUGCUGAACUUUCUCAAGACGCCUCGGAGGGCAUGCUGGAAAGGUAUCGAGCAAUGUUUGGUGUUUAUUUGACAUGUUCAAGAAUUGCCAUUAGCUUUCGACGACAGAGGAUCAUAUCGUUCAGCCCUUCCACUGGCGUGGCGUUGACCAUCUUCAAGCAAUAUGCCACUGACACGAGUGACCAGCGACUCGUGUCGUGGCUUCAGCUGCAAGCCAUAGCUGAAGAUGUAGAGGGUAUGAAGAGAGAGGCUGAGAUGAGCUCUGAUCCUGCCGUAGUGGAGCAUAUCAACGUCAAAGAGAAGUCUGCUCAGUUCGAACAGCGCUUGCGAGAAUGGGAGGCUGCGCUUGACCCGAAGAUUAUGACCGCUUCCCUGGAGAUUGAUCUUACCCUGUGCAAAAGCAAACUCCACGAACUUGUCAUUUGCUUUGAUCACAAUGUCCAGAGCCUCAGUCUACCAUCGUUGGCCACCAAAACUGACGCUCCUCUGCCCGGCUCCCGCGCUCCUCUCAGCCCCACGUAUACCCGCAUACUUUUAUCAUUUAUCAGUGACUGUCAGUCCAUCCUGGAUGUUCUGUUGAAAACAGGUCCAGAGAAUAUCCGAUCGCUGCCACUUCUAACAUUCUUUCGCAUCCCAUAUGCCUUUAAAGCCUUGGCCAUGUUGCAAAAACGCGUCACUGAUCCAAACGACAAGAUCAGCCAAAUCAUCGACAAUGACACUCUCAAGUGGGCAUACUAUGCGCGCAGUGUUUCCAAAGCCCUCGAAGAGGCAAGCUCACAUGGACUGUACGCCCCAGCAGCGGUGGUGCUCCAGAUUAGAGAUUCUGUUGGAAAUAUGCAUCUUGCAGAGAGCAUUCCGACGCCAUCCGUGCAUACUAGAACGCUUCGAGCAAGCAAUGCUCCAGGUCCGGGAGAAUAUAUGCCUACGCCACCAGACGUAGUUACCGGAGCUCAGGAUACUUUGGGUGAUAAUACGAGCCUUGGUGAUUUUGGUGUCGGGCUGUGGCCAGACGACUACGGGUUUGCCAUCAUGUCGGAACAGGAGAUUCCAAUGUCCAACUUUUAUUACGGAAUGGAUAAUUUUGGCGAUCGGCUAGCGGGCUGGUAA